AUUAUUACUGUUUAUUGUACUAGUACUAUUACUCGUAAUUCUUCAGUGGUUUAAUUACUUAUUCUACAGUUGCAUAUUAAGUCAAUCUUUAUGUAUUUUCGAUUCCUUUGAACGGACAUUAGUGUUCCAAGAUGGAAUCAGUGUUCGUGAAAGUAGAACCUUGGUGUGAGGAUGGGUCAACGCCGAAGCCUGCAGGGCACAUUGAAGCCACAGCCCCAGCAGCGGACACCACACAGACUAUUGACAUGGAGCUGGAGAUUGUGGUGAAACAGGAGCCUCAAGAAGUGAACAUAGAGUUUGAGGACCCGAGGGAGGCAAUCAGGGUGAGGGGAGAGAGGGAGGGGCCUCGUGAUGAUAUGCGGUCUGAAGAGAUAAACUAUGAGAAAACUACUUACGAGUGUGACACGUGCGAAGCCUUGUUCAGUCACAGACGUAGUCUUAUCCGUCAUCUACGCCGCAGUCACAACCUGCAUGUCAAACACGGCCCUUUACAUCACACCGGGGCGAAAUCAUACGCCUGCGAAAUAUGCGCGAAAGUUUUCAAGCAUCCGAGCAAAUUGAAAGAGCAUAUGCAAAUACAUUCCGCCGAGAAACAUUUCGUGUGCCAAAUCUGCCAAGCGCAGUUCGCAACGUCAAGGUAUUUAACGAAACACGAGCGAAUCCACCCUGAGAAAAACCCAUACGGCUGCAAUAUAUGCAAAAAGCGCUUUAAUACUGGCAGCUCUUUAAAGAAACAUGAGCGGAUGCACGCGGGCGUUAAACCGUAUUUUUGUGAAAUAUGUCAAAUGGAAUUCGCGCAUAUGAGCACUUUAGUAGCGCAUGAACGGAUUCAUAACGGAGAGAAAGCAUACAACUGCGAUAUUUGCGAGAUGCUGUUUCCUUCAUUAAGCUCUUUGCAGAAACAUAAACGAUGUCACAGGGAGAAACUAUCCUGCAGUGUUUGCGAAAAAAAGUUUAUACAUUUGCGGAAUUUGGAGGAACAUUCACGAAUACACACCGGGGAAAAACCUUACGAGUGCGACGUCUGUAAAAGAGAAUUUACACAACUAGUUUACUUAAGGAGACAUAAACGUACUCAUACCGAAGAAAGACCGCAUGUUUGUGGCAUAUGUCAUUUAAAGUUCAGAGAUUUAUGUAAUUUAAAGAAACAUGAACAGAUUCAUACUGGGGAGAAACCGUUCCAAUGUGGAUAUUGCAACAGAAUGUUCAGAGCCUCGAGCAGUUUAAAAAAUCAUAUUAGAAUACACACUGGUGAAAAACCAUACAACUGUGGCACAUGUAAUAAGAACUUUAGGGUAUUUAGUAAUAUGAAGAAACAUGAAAGAGUACACACGGGUGAGAGACCAUAUUCGUGCGAAAUAUGUCAGCAGGAUUUCGCAGAUUCCUGCCAUUUGAGGAGGCAUGAAAAAAUCCAUAAUACAGAAACGAGGUAGUCAUAUGUUACGCUUACUGAAUAUUUAUGUAUUAUUUAUUAGAAACAUUACAUACUUAGCAGUAAUCUACCUUGAAAUAAAAAUAUAGUGAAGCAAGUUUUUUUUUACUUCUGUUAUAAUUGAGUCCCUUAACUUCAAACUCGGGGAAAUCCAUCUGUCAGAUCAUGCGAUUUUAGUAUUAAGAAAAGGUAAUAUGGUAGAUAUUUGCU